AUGAGGAUCUUCAACCUGCUCUACCUGCUCCUGCUGCUCGUAGCUGCUGCGGCAACGCUGACCUCUGCCAAGCCAGGUAAGCAUCACGAUUUCCUGAACCUCAGGAGAAAAUAUCACAGACACCACUGCCCACACAGACGCUGCCUUCCUCUCCACUCCAGAGUACCCUUCCCCUAA